GAGGGCUGCCGGGACAUGCCCGAGGUGCUGAUCUGGUACUUCUGCCUGCAGUUCAUCAACCUGUUCCUGGGGCUGCCGGCCAACGUGAUGGUCCUGUGGCUGAUCCGACGGAGCAAAGGCGACUCGUCCACCUCCGACAUCUUCAUCCUGCACCUGGCCGUGCUGGACACCUUCUUCUGCCUGAUCCCGCCGCUGGAGUACGCCAACCUCAUGUACCUGACGGUCGACAGCACCUGGUACGUGCUGCGCUUCUUCUACGGCGUGAAGGACUCCUCGCCGCUCUUCCUCUCCUGCAUCUGCAUGGACCGCUACAUGGCCGUGCGCCAUCCGCUCACCUUCACCGAGCUGAAGGACCGCAAGCACCGCUCGGUGUGCGCCGCCGUGGUCUGGCUGGUCACGCUGGCCUACGCCGCCGCCAAGUGCGUGGGCGACAUCCCCAACUUCGAGAAGGCCUUCACCGUCAUGAUCCUGGCGGCGUUUGCCUUCAUGGUCUUCUGCAACGUGUCCAUCCUGUGGGUGCUGAGCAAGUCGGGCCCCGGCCGCGACGACAUGCACCCGGUGAAGAAGAGGGCCUUCAAGAUGGUGCUCAUCAUCCUCGCCAUCAUCGUCGUCAACUACUUCCCGCCCGUGGCGCUCUUCCCGUUCCAGGAGUACUUCACGGCCGAGGUGUUCCGCUGCUACAUCCACUACAUCGCCUUCGGCUUCAUGGACAUCAGCAGCAGCAUUCAGCCGGUGCUCUACCUCUCCCGGGAGAAGCUGGCGCUGCCAGCCUGCAUGGACUGUAGUGUUUCAGUCAUUUUCUGUUGA